GAUCGAGUGGCAGAAUAUGAUAUGAAGAUGAUGGAUAUCGAUAUAGAACAUCUUUCUAUUCCUGAUACUGCAUACGAUGCAGAGAUCACAAUGCCAGCAUCCGAAUUCAGUCGAAUUGUACGAGAUUUAAAAGAAUUAGGAGAAUCGGUUCGAAUUGAAGCAACAAAAGAAGGAGUCAAGUUUUCAGCAGAAGGAGAUAUUGGUAAAGCAAGUGUGACACUUAAACAUACAGAUCCUAAACAGAAAAAAGGAAGCAAAACUGAUAUGAGUGUUUCGAUUAGUUUGAGACAGAGUGUUUCUUUAACUUUUAGUAUCAAGUAUCUUAGUAACUUUACCAAAGCUUCACCUUUGGCUAAUAGAGUGGUGCUUCAUAUGUCGAACGAAGUACCUCUGUUGGUAGAGUACGAUUUCCAGAGUGGAUAUGUUAGAUAUUAUCUUGCACCUAAGAUUGAAGAUGAUUGA